AUGGAAAACUUUACGAAUGAGACGCAGGUUGCGGCGGAGGGCGGAGAUGCGGAUGGUACCGGACUCGGUAUCCGAGCGCUGACCGGGUGCGUUCUUCUCCUACUCAUAGUAUCUACGUUAUUAGGAAACACGCUCGUUUGCGCAGCGGUUAUCAAAUUCAGGCAUCUAAGAUCCAAAGUGACCAACUUCUUUGUGAUAUCUCUGGCAGUGUCCGACCUCUUUGUGGCUGUUCUUGUGAUGCCGUGGAAAGCUGUCUCUGAGGUUGCGGGGUAUUGGCUCUUUGGCAGCUUUUGCGAGACAUGGAUAGCUUUUGACAUAAUGUGCUCCACCGCGUCUAUUUUACAUCUGUGUAUCAUAAGUGUGGAUAGAUAUUGGGCCAUCGCGAGCCCUUUCAGAUACGAGCGAAAGAUGACACAGCGGGUGGCCUUUAUCAUGAUCGGGGUGGCUUGGACUUUAUCGAUUCUCAUUUCAUUUAUACCCGUGCAGUUGAACUGGCACAAAGCUGAGGAGGAGUUCAACGUCUCCAACACCGGCAAUCAGACCGAAGACUGCAACGCCACUUUAAACAGAACAUAUGCGAUAUCAUCGUCACUGAUAAGUUUUUACAUCCCAGUUGUCAUUAUGGUUGGCACCUACACAAGGAUUUACCGAAUCGCCCAGACGCAGAUUAGACGGAUAUCUUCGUUGGAGAGGGCGGUGGAGCAAGCGCAGAACCACCAGCAUCCAAGCGAUUGUUCCAACGAUGCAUCUCUGAAAACGACGUUCAAAAAAGAAACGAAGGUUUUAAAAACCCUCUCCAUUAUCAUGGGAGUGUUUGUAUUCUGCUGGUUGCCAUUUUUCGUGCUUAAUUGCAUGGUGCCCUUUUGCGACCUAACCGAACUCGGGGGCCCCUUGUGCGUAAGUGGCACGACGUUUAACAUUUUCGCGUGGUUCGGUUGGGCGAAUUCGUCGCUGAAUCCCGUAAUCUACGCCUUCAAUGCAGAUUUCAGGAAAGCCUUUUCAACAAUCCUGGGCUGCAACCGAUUCUGCUCCAGCGCAACGGUGGAAGCUGUUAAUUUAAGCAACGAGAUGGUUUCGUAUCACCACGACACCACUCUACACAAAGAUGCCCCCAUAAUGUUCGCCGCGACGCAGCUGCCGCCAGUAGCGUCAAAUAACGGGGAGGAUACGGGGCAGCUUUUUGAUAAAGUCUCGGUCAUCUCCGAUACUUCCCGCAAUCACACAAAUUUACUGCUUCCUGCGAUUGUCCAGUUUGAGUGCGAAGCCGAAAUUUCUUUGGACAUGCUACCAUUUAAUUCGACUGGAAGCAACGCCUGUUAUGCAAUUCCCGGUCAGAUAGGGGAAUAG